UACAAUGUGGUUGCAGGUCUUGGAUUGAUGCAUCUUUUCAAGGUCAAGGACGUCGCACACAGGUGAAUAAAGUUUUGGGAAGUAUAUGCAAAUAUCUCUGGCCUGGUGUAGUGAUGGAGAAAGGCGUUGAGGUGCCUUGUAUGUCUUGGGAUCAGUACGGGCUCGCGUUCAAUGCAGAACAUAGGAAUGCCCAAGGUGCUGUGUGGCAUGAGUUCUGGAAACGUUACAAGUUGCCUGAAGAUGGAAGUAUGAACGAUCGUGCACGGAUCGUUUUUAACAAGAGCGCGACUACCUUGGUUAGGGAUCAGAUGUAUUAUGCUCGGAUCCAGGUCACUUCUGAUUACAUAUUAAGGCAGGAAGGACGUCGGCCACGUUCCAAAAGUGAGGCAUCAAACAAAUACUUAACCGAAGAAGAAUAUCUUGAGUUUUCAGACUCGGUGCCAUGGAUGGCAUCAAAUGAGGCUGGUUGGCGGGCUGUAUGCAAAUAUUGGGCAACAGAUGGAUUUAAAGGUGUUUCAUUGAGAAACAGCUCAAAUCGUGGGCAUGAUGUUCACCACAGAUAUGGUGGAAGCUAG